AUGAAGGCCGUCGCCGUGGCUUACCUUCGGGUGUCAUCAAAGGCCAAUUGCGGUGACGGGAAAACGAGUCUCAAGAGGCAAGCAGAGGCGGUCAAAGCGUUCGCAGCAAAACAUGCACUUCGACUCGACAGAGGUGGCCUGUUCCAGGAUGUGGGCGUGUCGGGCACCACACCUUUGCAGCAGCGGCCAGGCUUUCUGAAAAUGUUGGAGUAUGCACAGCAGCGUGGAAUCGCCCGGAUCAUCGUCGAAGAUUGCUCACGAUUUGCAAGGUGUGUGGUUGUUCAGGAGCUGGGGUUAAACCUCUUGCGCGACAUGGGUUUCUCUGCCAUCUCUGCAGCCAACCCUGACCAUUUCCAAGAUGAUUCGCCUUAUGCAAAACUUGUUCGGCAGCUUAUUGGAGCGAUUUCCGAGUUCCACAGAAACGAUCUUGUCACUCGCUUGAAGAAGGGACGAGACAUCAACCUGCAGAAGUCCAGCAAGGUGACAAUGCAGGGCACUCCCAAGCUGGGCGGCAAGCCGAAUCGUUUGGAAGCCAAGGAAGGUAACGUCAUAAAAGGAGUCAUCCGCAAGGUGUUGAAAAACAACAAGAUCCAGGCAGGCGACCUGGCCAAGAUUCGCAAGUUGCUCUUUGAAAAAGGCAUUACAACGGCGAAGGGCAAGCAGAUCAGCCACUCUCAGGCUCUGGCAUGGGCAAGGGCAAUAGUGGAUUAG